AUAGUAUUUGAGAAUAUGGAGGGAGACUUCAGUGUGUGACGAAAAAACCUUGAAACUUGCAGACCACUAAUAGCCCAACUUUAAAUGUAUGAAAUGAUGUUUUAGUAUCAGGAAUCAACGACGGAGUGAGAGCUCCUCUCUUGUGUCCUCUCUCUCUUCCCGUGCAGGCACGCGGGCAUCAUCGGCUCUCUCUGAUUGUUGUGGCUCGUCUUCAUCCGGAGAAAGUUCUGCUAACAGUCAGUUCGUUAUUAUUUGACGGAUAUAUUGAAGAAUCAUGGCGGAGUCUCAAGAGGACAAGCUCUACAAGGCGGAAUAUGCCAAAAGCGGCCGAGCGUCGUGCAAGAAGUGCAAAGAAAACAUCGCCAAAGACUCUCUGAGGAUGGCCAUCAUGGUGCAGUCCCCGAUGUUUGACGGGAAGGUUCCCCACUGGCACCACUUCUCCUGCUUCUGGCAGCGAGCAGCAGCUCAGUCCCCCGGAGACAUAGCUGGGUUCUCUGACCUCCGCUGGGAGGACCGGGAGAAGGUGAAGAAGGCCAUUGAAACUGGAGGAGCAACAGGAGGAAAAGGGGACCAGAAGGGAGGAGCUAAAGGAGAGAAAACACUGAAUGACUUUGCUGUUGAAUACGCCAAAUCAAACCGCAGCACGUGCAAAGGCUGCGAGCAGAAAAUAGAAAAGGAUCAGAUCCGUGUUUCCAAGAAAACGGUGGACGCCGAGAAGCCUCAGCUGGGUCUGAUCGACCGCUGGUACCACACGGCGUGUUUCGUUAGCCGCAGAGAGGAACUUGUCUUCAAACCCGAGUACAGCGCUGCCCAGCUGAAGGGCUUCAACGCACUGAAAUCAGAGGACAAGGAGGAGCUGAAGAAGAGACUUCCUGCAGUCAAAACUGAAGGAAAGCGUAAGGGGGAUGAAACAGAUGGAGUAUCAAAGAAACAGAAGAAGGAGGAAGAAGAGGUGAAGAAGAAGCUGGAGGAGCAGUUGAAGAACCAAAGCCAGCUGAUUUGGGGAAUUAAAGACAAAGUGAAGAAGUUCUGUUCAGUCAACGAUAUGAAGGAACUGCUGAUCGCAAACAGUCAGGAGGUUCCCUCUGGAGAGUCCAACGUGCUGGACCGCUUGGCCGACGGCAUGGCUUUCGGCGCCCUCGAGGCUUGCAAGGAGUGCAAGGGCCAGCUGGUGUUCAAGGGUGACUCUUAUUACUGCACAGGCGACAUCUCAGCGUGGACCAAGUGUGUUUUCAAAACUGAAACACCUGAUCGCAGAGACUGGGUCAUCCCCAAGGAAUUCCAUGAGCUUCCUUUCCUGAAAAAGUUCAAGUUCAAGCAACAGGACAGAGUGUAUCAGAAGGAGACUCCUAGCCAAACCCUCUCAGCAGUGAAAGCUGAACCCCUGGCGAGUGCAUCCCGCGCCCCGACGGAGCGUCUGCCAGAGGGAGCACCUGCAGACAAACCUCUCACUGGUAUGAAACUCUUGACUGUGGGUAAGCUGACGAAGAACAAAGACGAUCUGAAGGUGUUCGUAGAGGAGCUGGGAGGAAAGAUUACAAGCACAGCCAAUAAGGCCUCUCUCUGCCUCAGCACCAAGAAGGAGGUGGAGAAGAUGAGCAAGAAAAUGGAGGAAGCAAGGGACGCUGGUGUGCGGGUGGUCUCUGAGGAUUUCCUCACAGACAUCAAGUCGUCCGGUAAAGCCCUCCAGGAGCUGGUCUCCCUGCACGCCAUCUCACCCUGGGGUGCGGAGGUCAAGGUGGAGGCUCCGGCUCCGUCUGUGGCUUCCAAGUCGGGGACGCCGGCUGCAAAGAGCACGGGCAGAGUGAAGGAGGAGGAAGGGGGUAGCAAAAGCAAGAAGAUGAAACUGACAGUCAAAGGAGGAGCUGCUGUGGAUCCUGAUUCAGGUCUGGAGAACAGCGCUCAUGUCUUGGAGCAGAGUGGCAAGAUGUACAGUGCUACUCUGGGUCUCGUGGACAUUGUUAGAGGAACUAACUCCUACUACAAACUGCAGCUGCUCGAGGAUGACGUACAGAAACGGUACUGGGUGUUCAGGUCAUGGGGCAGAGUGGGCACCACCAUCGGGGGCAACAAGCUGGACAAGUUCCACGACAAGAACUCAGCUCUUGACAACUUCUUGAGUGUCUACAAAGAGAAAACUGGCAAUGAGUGGGGCUCCAGCAACUUCACCAAAUAUCCCAACAAGUUCUACCCUCUGGAGAUCGACUACGGACAGGAUGAGGAAGCAGUCAAGAGGUUGACGGCCUCCGCUGGCACCAAGUCGAAGUUAGCCAAACCUGUCCAGGGGCUGAUCAAGGCUAUCUUUGAUGUAGAGAGCAUGAAGAAAGCCAUGGUGGAGUUUGAGAUCGACCUCCAGAAGAUGCCCCUCGGGAAGCUGAGUAAGAGGCAGAUCCAGAGUGCAUACGCUCUUCUCACUGAAGUACAGCAGGCUGUAUCAGAUGAACUGCCCGAGGUUCAGAUUCUGGAUCUCUCCAACCGCUUCUACACCCUGAUACCUCACGACUUUGGCAUGAAGAAACCGCCGCUGCUCAGCAACCUGGACUACAUUCAAGCUAAAGUUCAGAUGUUGGACAACCUAUUGGAUAUUGAAGUGGCGUACAGCCUGCUGAGAGGAGGGGCCCAGGACAAUGAGAGAGAUCCUAUCGACAUCAACUACGAGAAACUCAAAACUAAGAUCGAGGUUGUUGACAUGUCGACAAAAGAGGCUGAGACCAUUACGCAAUAUGUCAAGAACACCCACGCUGCUACUCACAACACCUACACACUGGAAGUGCAAGAAAUCUUCAAAAUUGUUCGAGAGGGCGAGCAUCAGCGUUACCGUCCCUUCGAGGAGCUGCACAAUCGCCAGCUGCUGUGGCACGGCUCUCGCACCACCAACUACGCAGGUAUCUUGUCUCAGGGUCUCCGCAUUGCUCCUCCAGAAGCACCAGUGACUGGUUACAUGUUCGGCAAAGGUGUGUACUUUGCAGACAUGGUGUCCAAGAGUGCAAACUACUGUCACACCUCCCAGUCAGACCCCGUCGGUCUCAUACUGCUGGCUGAGGUCGCUCUCGGCAACAUGCACGAACUGAAGAAAGCCUCCCAUGUUACGAAACUGCCCAAGGGCAAGCACAGUGUUAAAGGUUUGGGAAGAACGGCUCCUGAUCCCAGCGCCACAGUCACUUUAGAUGGCGUGCAAGUACCUCUGGGAAAAGGAAUGAACACCAACAUUGAUGAUACUAGUCUACUGUACAAUGAAUACAUUGUGUAUGAUGUAGCCCAGGUCAACAUGAAGUAUCUCCUGAAGAUCAAGUUUAACUACCAGACGUCCCUGUGGUGAGGGAGAAACAAAUCCUGAGCUAUCGUCACCGAAAACAAAGACCAGAGUUGCCUCCAAACGCCUGGGCUUCAUUCUCUGCAGCAGAAGAUGUUCGGCAAAGGAGCAAUGCUUUACCACGCUUUACAAUGGUCAUUAGAAAUCUCCAGUCACUUUAUUGCUUUUUCAUCAGGUUAACUAGCUGACAGCCUUUCUUAGUAACACAUUAGGUACUUAAAUACCUACUUCAGAGUUGCUCAUAUGACAUAGAGAACAGUACAGUACAGCAAAGUUGUUGAUUCAUGUUUCAUAACAUAUAGAAAGAGUUAGAAAGAGUUGGGUUAGUGACAAACAGGAGAAAUGUUAGCAGUUUUCUGUCUCAUAUGGUAAUCUUCAUUCUUUAAUAACCUUGUAGUUAAUCUGCAGACACACACACAACAGUAUUUGUGUUUUGAGAGGGUUUCUAAGAGUAAUAGCCACUAAGACUAGCAUUUUGUAGACUGUCGCGUUUCAAAGAUACUGUUCAAGGUUUGACAUGUAUAUAUUUGUUCUGUUGUUUGUUCGCUCAAUCUGUCUUCCUUGCCAUUUGAAAAGAAAACGAUGUGGUUAGUGUUUACGCAGUCGACUGACAUCGACUGCCAUGUGGUAAACUUUUUCUUAGUGUUUUUUCCCGCUUACCUCAAAAUAAAACCUAAAAGUUCUCAAAA